AUGUUAGAAUCCGCAGAAUUCGUGGACAUUACUAAAUGCGAACCGAGAGACGAGACUAAGACCAAGACCAAGACCAAAACCGCGACUGAGGCCGAGACCGAGACCGAGACCGAGACCGAGACCGAGACCGAGACCAAAACCGAGACCGAGACCGAGACCGAGACCGAGACCGAAAUCAAAACGAGACAGAGACGCGACCGAGAAACAAGGUUAAAUUUCAUGUUUUCACGAUGUGCGUGUGUGGGAGUUGGGAUUGAUGAGGGUCACCCCCUCACUCCCCUAACCUCCGAUUCCUUGCAGCGUCUGCGCGUGGGGCAGGGUUUUUCUAGUCGAGGUGUGUGA